AUGGCUGGACGAAGCGAGGAUGAAAGUGUAAGCAACAGUAGCGGAGAAUCAAGUAAUUCUGAUGAUGAAUCCGGUUCUGGAUCCGGCUCUGCAUCAGGGUCCGCCUCAGGCUCCAGUUCCAGCUCCUCGAGCAGCAGCAGCCAAUCAGGGAGCAGCGACUCAGGUAGUGGCUCAGACUCUGGCAGCGCGUCAGACUCUGACACAGAGAAGUCCAAGCAGAAGAUGGAACCGCCAAACAAGUCCAACAUAGAUGGAGCUGAGUUCUGGAAGUCCAACCCAAGUAUCCUUGCAGUGCAAAGAUCUGCUAUGCUCAGGAAACAGCAGCAGCUGCAGCAAAAGAGACAAAGCUCCUCAAAUAGUGGAUCGGAUGAGGACUCGUCAAGUAGCGAUGGAUCCGACUCAUCAAGUGGAUCCAAAAAGAGAAGAAAUUCAGGCUCCUCUGACUCUGGGUCGGGCUCUGGAUCUGGGAGUGGUUCUGGAUCAGACUCCUCAGCGGAGGACAACAGUGACGAAACGGCAUCAGACUACGAGCCUAGUCACAAAAUCAAAAGCAGAAAGCCUCCAACCAAGAUGAAUUUUCGGAAUGGGAAGAAAAGCAGCAACCAGAAGAAGAAAUCCCAGAAGUGUUCCUCUUCUGAUGAUGAGGAUGAGAACUACAAGAAGGCGGCGUCUGCGGGGCCACGGCGGCAGGCCACCGUCAACGUCAGCUACAAGGAGGACGAGGAGCUGAAGACGGAUUCAGACGACCUGGUGGAGGUCCUGGGUGAAGAUGUCCCGCAGCCUGAGGAAGAUGAGUUUGAAACACUGGAGAGAGUGAUGGACUGCAGGAUAGGAAGGAAAAGAGCAACAGGAAGUAUAACCACUGUAUACGCUGUAGAAGCAGACGGGGACCCCAAUGUCAACUUCAAUCCCAACAAAGAGGCUGGUGAUAUCCAGUAUCUGAUAAAGUGGAAGAACUGGGCCCAUAUCCACAACACUUGGGAGACAGAGGAGACACUUAAGUUACAGAACGUCAAGGGCAUGAAGAAACUGGAUAAUUUCAAGAAGAAGGAAUCGGAGAAAAAGAGAUGGUUAAAGGCGGCCUCACCAGAGGAUAUAGAGUAUUUCAACUGUCAGCAAGAAAUGAUGGAUGACCUGCACUCUCAGUACCAGCUUGUUGAGCGAAUCAUAGGACAUUCGAAUCAGAAGUCAGCUGCUGGUUACCCAGACUACCUGUGCAAGUGGCAGGGUCUGCCAUACUCAGAGUGUAGCUGGGAAGAUGGUGCUCUGAUCGGCAAAAAGUUCCAGAAAUGCAUCGACGACUACAUGUGCAGAAACCAGUCCAAGACCAUUCCAUCCAGAGACUGCAAGGUGCUCAAACAGAGACCCAGGUUUGUGCCUAUGAAGAAGCAGCCAGCGUACAUAGGAGGGGAUGGACUGGAGCUCCGAGACUACCAGUUGGACAGUUUGAACUGGAUGGCCCACUCCUGGUGCAAAGGCAACAGUUGCAUCCUCGCUGACGAGAUGGGUUUAGGGAAGACCAUCCAGACAAUUAGCUUCCUCAACUACCUGUUUCAUGAGCACCAACUGUAUGGACCCUUCUUGCUGGUUGUGCCUCUCUCUACACUAACCUCCUGGCAGAGAGAAAUCCAGCUCUGGGCCCCUCUGAUGAAUGUUGUGGUCUACCUGGGAGACAUCAGCAGCAGGAACAUGAUCAGGACACACGAGUGGAUGCAUGUCCACAACAAGAGACUGAAACUUAACAUCAUCCUCACAACAUAUGAGAUUCUUCUCAAAGACAAGUCAUUUUUAGGCAGUGUUAACUGGGCCUUCAUUGGUGUGGAUGAGGCGCACCGACUGAAGAAUGAUGACUCCCUCCUCUACAAGACCAUGAUGGACUUCAAGUCCAAUCACAGGCUUCUGAUCACAGGAACGCCACUGCAGAACUCCCUGAAAGAGCUCUGGUCCUUGCUGCACUUCAUUAUGCCCGAGAAGUUUCACUCUUGGGAGCUGUUUGAGGAGGCACAUGGUAAAGGCAGGGACUCAGGCUACGCCAGCCUGCACAAAGAGCUGGAACCUUUUUUACUGCGCCGAGUCAAGAAGGAUGUGGAGAAAUCUCUUCCUGCCAAAGUGGAGCAGAUCCUCAGAGUGGAGAUGAGUGCUAUCCAGAAACAGUAUUACAAAUGGAUCCUGACCAGGAACUACAAGGCUCUGAGCAAAGGUACCAAAGGCAGCACGUCGGGCUUCCUGAACAUCAUGAUGGAGCUGAAGAAGUGUUGUAACCACUGUUACCUUAUCAAGCCCCCAGAGGACAACGAGUUCUUCAGCAGAGCAGAAGCCUUGCAGCAACUGGUCCGCUGCAGUGGGAAGCUAGUUCUUUUGGACAAACUGCUGGUGCGUUUAAAGGAGCGAGGCCACAGAGUUCUCAUCUUCUCCCAGAUGGUACGGAUGCUGGAUAUCCUGGCCGAUUACCUGAAGGGCCGACAGUUCCUCUUUCAGAGAUUAGAUGGCUCCAUCAAAGGGGAGAUGAGGAAGCAGGCGUUGGAUCAUUUUAAUGCCGAGGGCUCAGAGGAUUUCUGCUUCUUGUUAUCGACGCGUGCGGGCGGUCUGGGUAUCAAUCUGGCAUCAGCUGACACAGUAGUCAUCUUUGACUCGGACUGGAACCCCCAGAAUGAUCUCCAGGCCCAGGCCAGAGCCCACAGGAUCGGACAGAAAAGACAGGUGAAUAUCUACCGUCUGGUGACAAAGAGCUCAGUGGAGGAGGAAAUCAUUGAGAGGGCCAAAAAGAAAAUGGUGCUGGACCACCUUGUCAUUCAGAGGAUGGACACUACAGGGAAAACUGUCCUCCAUACGGGUUCUGCUCCUUCCAGUUCAGCACCAUUCAACAAGGAGGAGCUGUCUUCCAUCCUCAAGUUUGGUGCCGAGGAGCUUUUUAAAGAGCCAGAGGGCGAGGAGCAGGAGCCUCAGGAAAUGGAUAUUGAUGAGAUCCUCAAAAGAGCUGAGACCAGGGAGAAUGACCCUGGACCCUCCACAGUGGGGGAAGAACUGCUGUCUCAGUUCAAGGUAGCCAACUUCUCUAUGAUGGAUGAGGAGGAAAUAGACAUUGACUCGGAGCGUAGUCUGCGGAGUUGGGACGACAUCAUUCCUGAGGAGCAGAGGAAGAGGAUGGAGGAGGAGGAGAAACAGAAGGAGCUAGAGGAAAUCUACUUGCUGCCACGCAUGAGGAAUUGUGCCAAACAGAUCAGCUUUAACGCCAGUCAGGGCCGGCAGAGCAGGAACAGGAGGUACUCUGGGUCUGAGAGCGACUCCCCCUCAGACCGGAAAAGGCCAAAGAAACGAGGACGGCCUCGGACUAUUCCGCGGGAAAAUAUCAAGGGCUUCAGCGAUGCUGAGAUCCGGAGGUUUGUCAAGAGUUACAAAAAAUUUGGAGGACCACUUGAAAGGUUGGACGCUAUUGCGCGUGAUGCCGAACUCGUGGAUAAGUCUGAACAUGACCUGAAACGCCUGGCAGAGACGGUUCACAACGGCUGUGUGAGAACACUACGAGAAAACCCCUGCGGACCAGAGAAAACGUCAGGGGGAAGAAGAGGGAAGGUAAAGGGCCCCACGUUCAGGAUCUCUGGAGUUCAGGUGAACGCCAAGCUGGUUAUCUCCCAUGAGGAAGAGCUGGCCCCACUCCACAAGGCUAUUCCUGCUGACCCAGAGGAGAGAAAGAAGUAUAUGAUUCCAUGCCACUCGAAGGCAGCACACUUUGACAUUGAGUGGGGGAAGGAGGACGACUCCAGCCUCCUCAUAGGAAUCUAUGAGUACGGUUACGGCAGCUGGGAGAUGAUCAAGAUGGAUCCAGACCUCAACCUCACUCACAAGCUCCUACCAGACGACCCAGACAAGAAGCCCCAAGCCAAACAGCUCCAGACCCGAGCAGACUACCUCAUCAAGUUGCUAAGCAAGGACCUGGCCAAAAAAGAAGCACAGAAACAAGCAGGGACAGCCAACUCACGGAAGAGGAAACCAAGAAGUAAAAAGAGCAAAACUCUGAAGCCAGCGAAGACCGAAGAGGUGCUGAAGAGCACGUCCUCCGAUCCCCCAUCGGACAAGAGGUCAGACGAUGAAGACGAAAUUGAGGAGGAAAAGGAGGCGGUGCCGGUGAAGACAGCGAGCAGACGGGGCCGAGCGGACAGGGCGGCGCUGAAGGAGGAGGACGAAGACGAGGAGCCUGAGCAGGAGGAAGUUUCUUCAUCAGGGGAGGGGGAGAUUAAAGAAAAAGAGAUCAAAAAAGAGAAAGAGGAAAGUUGGGAUAUCAAAGAAACAAAGGAGACAAAAGAGAAAAAAGAAACAAAGCCUCUGGAAGCAGUACAUAAACAGGACGAGAGCAUGGAAAAGAAUGAAGUAAAGACUGAGGUACGAACCAAGAAAGUCUCUGAUGUGCCGGUCCAUAUUACAGCAAGUGGAGAGAAUGUGCCAUUAUCUGAGGAGUCUGAGGAACUGGACCAGAGGACCUUCAGUGUGUGUAAAGAGAGGAUGCGGCCGGUGAAAGCAGCCCUGAAGCAGCUGGACAGGCCGGAGAAAGGGCUGUCGGAGCGCGAGCAGCUGGAACACACCAGACAGUGUCUCAUAAAGAUCGGAGACCACAUCACCGAGUGUCUGAAGGAGUAUUCAAACCCUGAACAGAUCAAACAGUGGAGAAAAAACCUGUGGAUAUUUGUUUCCAAAUUCACUGAGUUUGACGCCAGGAAACUACAUAAACUCUAUAAGCAUGCAAUCAAGAAAAGACAAGAGAACGCCCAGGCGAUGGAGCAGAACACAAGAAGUAUAAACCCCCACGGCUAUAAGCAUGCAGAUAUUGAAAGGCUGAAGGACAACUCUCACCAGGACGACAGCAGCAGGGACAGCUACAGCUCGGACCGGCGAUACCAUGAGAGCAGCGGCAGCAAGGAGAGACACAGCUCGGAGUCCCACAGGAAGACCACAGGAGGGGAGUCCCGGAAACGGCCGUACUCCUUCAGCAACGGCAAAGACCACCGAGACAGAGACCACUACAGACCAGACAGCAGGGACAGGGACAGAGACAGAGACAGACAGGACAGAUACUACAAUGACGGUAAGCACAGGAAGCUGGAAGAGUUCCGCUCCAGCAGAGACCAUUCCCACUCGGACCACCGCUCGUCCUACCGCUACCACUCAGACUGGCAGGCCUCGGCCAGCGGGCCCCGCUCACCCCGGGACCAGCGCUCGCCCUACGACUCGCGCUCGCCCCUGGGACACCGCUCGCCUUUCGACUACUCGUCGGACCACAAGAGCACACCGGAGCAGAUCUGGAGCAGCCGCAAGACAUAA